AUGCAGAGUAUCCCUGUGACGUGCGGAGCUGCUGCAGUCAGUGUCCUCGGUCUCCUGUGGAUCGUCACGGCCGCCUUCACCUGCCCGGAGAGAUGUUCUUGUGAUUUUGAUGGGGUUGUUUACUGUAACGGACAGGGGCUCAAAGACGUCCCCUCCAACAUAUCAUUGAAUACAACUGUUCUUCACCUGGAAGACAAUAACAUACAGAACUUGUCUGAUACGGAUUUCUCUAGCCUCACCAGCCUGCUGGGGCUUCUUCUGUACAACAACAGCAUCCGCGUUCUCCAUGAUGGGGUUUUCUCUCACCUCACCAGCCUGGUGGCGCUUCAUCUGCACAACAACAGCAUCCGCGUUCUCAAUGAGGGGAUCUUCUAUCACCUUACCAGCCUGAGGUGGCUUAAUCUGGACAACAACGACCUCCGCGUUCUCCCUAGCGGAGGUUUCUCAUACCUCACAAGCCUGAGGUGGCUUUAUCUUCGCCACAACGACAUCAGCAUUCUCCCUGCCGGAGUGUUCUCCAACCUUACCAGCUUGGAGGGGCUCUAUCUGUCCAACAACAACAUCCGCGUUCUCCCUGGCGGAGAUUUCUCCAACCUGACCAGCCUGGAGGUGCUUGCUCUGGACAAUAAUGACAUCCGCGUUCUCCCUGGCGGAGUUUUUUCCUACCUGACCAGCCUGAAGUGGAUUUAUCUACACCACAACGACAUCGGCGUUCUCCAUGGAGGAGUGUUCUCACAUCUCACCCGUCUGCAGAAACUGCUGCUAUCUGAUAAUCAUAUAACUGACAUAUCGGAUGGAGCAUUCUCAAAUCUGACCAGUUUGGAUUUGCUUUCAUUGGUCAACAAUAACAUCUCGAGUAUGCCCACUGGAUUGUUCUCAGAUCUCACCAGUCUGCAGGACCUUUACAUAGCUGGAAAUCCAUGGAGGUGUGACUGUAGUUUGUAUGGUCUAUUGGCUUCAGCACGACUGCGCGAUUUCAUUGCGGAUGGCCCAACCUGCGACUCCCCUCCUCACAUGAAAGGCGACGCUAUGAAAGCAAUUGUGACAGGCAGAGUUUGUCAAAGCCGCGGGGACUGCACCGCGGAAAGUGCUGAGGGUACUUGUGCUUGCAACGUGCGCUGGACUGGCCCAUUCUGUGAGAAAGAAGAUAACUUGGCCCUUGUAAAGAAAGCAUCGCAGAGUUCGACCCGAACUUUCAAUGGAGUAUCGACCGGAGCCCAAAAGGCUGUGGAUGGUUCCGUUACUGACUGCGCUGCAACAAACCGGGAACAUCAACCAUGGUGGCAGGUGGACCUGGCAGGUUACUACAUGGUCAGCCGGGUCAGCGUUAUAAACCGCUUCGAUGUAGACUCAGCAGUACCAACCAGCGCUCCUGGAUGUGGAGGUAUUCUGACAUUUCCCCCUGGAGGUACUGUGGCAUCACCGAACUACCCCAGUAACUACGACAACAGUGCGACUUGUGAGUGGACGAUAAGAGUGCCAGAAGGAAGCACGGUUCUUCUCACGAUUGAAACCUUCAGCCUUGAGGACGGUUGGGACUACUUGAAAAUCUACGAUGGAGGCAGUGAUAGUGCUACAGAAUUGCAGAGCUUGACAGGAAAGCUGAUACCAAGCCCCAUCAAUAGUUCAUCUAACCAGAUGUUCGUGAGGUUUACCUCAGACAAGAUUAACACGGCCCAGGGGUUCCAGUUCUCCUACACAGCCAUAGGAGAUGAAUUAAUGGUGCGGGUUGGUCAGAACGAAGACUUCAUCCAGAAUGGCCAAUGUGGAGAGACUUACGCUGUUGGUUCAGCGGUAGAGUUCCCGAAGAUAGUGGCGCACUGCAACACGCCUAUGUACGGCCGUUAUGUGUCGGUACAGGCAAUACCAGCAGGGAACGUCAACACAACUGGUUUGGUGCUGUGCGAGGUCGAGGUGUAUGUUACAGAGGCCUGCUGCAACAACACAAUAAGUAUAACGAAUGGCCAAAUCAGCUUUAACAAAGGCUACUGUUCUGGGAGCGUUAUCCAGUUCUCUUGUGACACCGGGUAUGAGCUUGUCGGCACCUCUUUUGCGGUCUGCAGGGACAAAGAUUGGGAUCGAGAGACUCCAUCAUGCCAACGCAUCUGCUGCGACAAUACCACCGAAAUCUUGAACGGCCUGGUAAAUGCUACCGACGGUUACUGCUUUGGGAACGACAUCAAGUUCUCUUGUAAUCCUGGGUACGAGCUUGUAGGCAGGUCCUCGGCCACCUGCCAAGACGAUGGAAGCUGGGGACGAGAACUUCCGACUUGCCAACCAUUUACAGUAUCUGCAGCCAUCAUCGGCAGUACCAGUGCCGGUAUCGCCACGGCGCUGAUUGUGGCAGCUGCCUUCUUCAUGGUCUUCAUCAGACAACGGAGGAGAAAAAGAAGGGAAGAAAAUCCACAGCUCAACGUUCUCCCAGAUGGUGGAGCAAUCCACAAAAUGGAGGAGAUGGUCCCACUGGUUCCGCCUAGACCACAAUUCCCGAAACUCGAGAUCGACCCCAGCCGGGUGACGCUUGGUCAGAGGAUCGGCAGCGGGGCGUUCGGCCUCGUUUACCGGGCAACCCUGACACGGGACGGCAAGACGGAGGACGUCGUCGUUAAAACUGUUAAAGACAACGCCAGUGAGGACGAUAAGCUGGGUUUCCUGGAGGAAAUCCGCGCAGUUGUGGACCUGGGGUUUCAUAAAAAUCUGCUGGGUCUGAUCAACUGCUGCACGGUGGUGCGAGACCAUCUGUAUCUCAUCACGGAGUUCAUGCCGUACGGAGACCUGAAAAGUUUCUUGAGGAGAUGCCGGGAUAUUCUACAGGAGACGUCUUAUGAACCUCUAGACGAUAUCUACAAUUUCGAGGUGAUGCAGAUGUAUCAGGUGGCCCGGCAGAUCGCUAGAGGCAUGGAUCACAUCGCCCGGUCUCACUACGUCCACGGAGACCUGGCCGCUCGGAACGUCCUGGUCGGGAAAUACCUGGUUGUGAAGAUUUCCGACUUCGGUCUGGCAGAAGACAUCUACAGCCGAGGUUACCGUCGCCAGGAUCGCCUCCAAAAAGUGCCUUGGAAAUGGAUGGCACCGGAGCGGCUUCAUAGUGGGGAAGCCUACACCGCACAGAGCGACGUGUGGUCCUUCGGGAUAGUGCUGUACGAGAUAUGCACGCUAGGGGGCGAUCCUUACCCUGGCGUGGCGGUAUCCGAGCUGAAAGAACAUCUACAGGCUGGAUUCAGGAUGCGCCAACCUGAAGACUGUCCGCAUGCCAUGUACGACCUGAUGCUGCAGUGCUGGCGCUGGAAGCCUACCGAGCGGCCAUCAUUCCGCUCGCUGGAGGACAAAAUCGACAAGAAUCUCGCUUUCUACGGACCCGAGUACGUUACAACAGCCUAACACUGGACAGGCAUCCCGC